AUGUCUGAUAUGUCUUACCGAAGUAGGGACAACACAGGUUCGUCGGGUAGUUCCGUUAAGAUAUUUGGUGAUGGCGAGAGCGCGAUGUGUCUUGCCAUUACGGGAAAUGUGGUUGGGUCCGGUUGGGCUAAGUUUCCUGCUAAAAAAUCUAGAGUCGGGUUUGGGGUGAAUAGUUUUGGUCCCAUUGUGGGUUCUCAAGAGAUGGGUGACACUCUUCCAAAAAGCAAUCGUGCUUCUAAGAUAAAUUCUGAGGAUCAGUUACGUUGGAUCCGUCGGGCUUAUAGUAUCCCCGAGUGGGCAAGUUUGCAUGCUCCUGAUACAUCACUUCGUCCUAAUUGGGAUGUUGAGGGUAUGGUCUGUAUGUACGAGCUUCCCUUUACUUUGGGCCUUCGUCUCCCGCUCCCCCGUCUGGUGGUUGAGCUUUGUAACUACUACCGAAUUUCUCCGAGUCAACUGAUGCCUAAUACUUGGAGGAUCCUAAUGGCCGCGGAAGUGUUUGCAGAACGGAAGGGUUUUGACAUCAAUAUGUAUGAUGUCUUGUAUGCUUACCAGUUGGGUGAGACCCGUAUAGAUAAGGGUCAUUAUCAGUUUAACUCCCGUUCUGAUGCCCCAAUGCUCAUUACUAACCUUCCGGAGGAUCGUACAAAGUGGAAGGAAAAAUAUUUUUUUAUCAGUGUCGAGGCUUUAGGGAUCCAAGAUGGUUACAAGGUUCCGUCUGCUUGGUCCAAGCCGCGUCAGAUCAACGGGAGUCUUCCAGUUAUAUGCGGGUUACCGGAAAGGGCACAAAGGUUUUACUCAUUCCCGGAGGAAGAUCGUGACUGGCGGGUGAUCUUGUCGGAGGACAAUCUUAGGGGUUCUUCUUUGUGGUGUGAGAUUCCUGUUCGUACCGAAGACCAAGCGAUGGCAGACCUUCCAUUCUACCAACCAAAAGGCAGUCGGGCUGCAUACGAGCGCAUCCAACAGAAGAAAAAGAAAGUCAUGGUUAGCUCAAGUGAGGAACCUACGACUGAUCUCUUGGACGCAGUGUCUCUACCCUCGCCUGUCGGGAGGGGCAAGCGAUCCGUAUCAUCCGUCGUCUCUGAUCAGUCUGGUGGCUCAAUCAUUAUGAAGUUCCCUGUGGAUGCUGCUGCUUAUACGCCUUGUGCUCCGCUGCUUGAGGAUCGUGCUCGGUUGGAUGCUGCUGGCUAUGACUCGGCUAUGGAGGCUAUCGUUUCCCAUUCAUUAUUGGGUACACGGGGUAUCCUUUACUUGGGGGACAAGGUGAAGGAGCUUGAGAAACAACUGAUGAAACUUCGUGCCGAGCAGGUCGACUGUAGGAAGGAGAAUCGUGAUUUGAAGAAGUGCAAGGUCGAAUUGGACAAUGUGAUUAAGGGCUUGCAGGAACAAGUGGUGUCCCACGAGCAAGAUGCCGGGAAGCUUCAUGAAGUACUUGAGAAUUUGGAGGCUGUCAGUGCUCGAGUGAGGGAUCUUGAGUUUGAGAUCGUACAAUUGAAGAAUAUGAUGGAGGAUGUUGGGUUAGAGACAGAGGUCUUGAUUCGCGGUGAGAUUUAUCAAGAGUUUUGUGAUGGUAAGUCGGGUGAGUGGGAUAUAGAUAGAUGUAUCCUUGAAAUGGAGAAACUGUUGCAACAAAGGGCUGAAAAGGCUGCUGCUAUCCGGGCUCGGGCGGCUGCCAAAGCUAAUGAGUUAACCGCUACUCUUGGUCGAUUGGAUGCCGAGGAUGCUGCUGGCAUGUUCCAUGGUUCCACUGAUCCUUGAUUGGUGUUUUUAUCUUUAUCGUUAUGUAGACUUGCUUAAACUUGAUAUGUUUGGUUGUAUUUGGUUUUUAAGAUUAUCUGUACGGAUUUCUAUCUAUAUUUGUCCCCCAGUUUGGGUCUUGGUCGACUUGGAGACUAGACUCAAACUUAGUGUUGUCGUUGUAUUUUAGAAUUUUUCGGCAUA